UAAUUUCGUAUUGGUGGUUAGGAUCGAGCUUUUUCUAUACUGUAGCUGUCUAUACUUUCUAAAUUUGUGAAGUAAUAAAUUUGAGCUAAUUAUUGUGUUAUUAAUGUUAUAUUUUUAGUUACAAUUCAAUCAUUUUAAUUCAACUUCAUCUUAUUAUUUUAAUUUUCAGGAACCGGUAUGUUUGGAUUGUUAUCUCUAAUGGCUACUGUGGAGAGCCCCCUGAAUGGAAAUAAACUUUUAAGUGACAGUGAAUUGAAUUCAGAAGAAAAUGAAGAGAACAUUACUGAACUUCAAGAAGAUUGGGGUGAAGAAUACAAUGAUGUGGUGACAUUCCUUUGCGGUCUACACCUAAACCAGUAUGUGGAGACUUUUGUUGAUCAGGGCAUAAACCUGGAUAUUUUUUUGAACCUGAGUGAAGAUGAUUUAUGUCACAUCGGGAUGACAGAUUCAAAACAUCGGGCAUCAUUGCUGCAAGGAAUUUCACAACUGAAGCAGAACAAACGUAAGAUGUCAGACACGGUACAGCUGUCAGAUCUCAGUUCAGAAGAGGUGAAUGCCAUGAUGGGAAACACGUUUUUUAAAACAUUUGACAGUGAUACAUGCGUCACUCGCUCACAUGCGGCUCAACUUGCGUAA